AUGCCAUUUUCCAUGGAUAUCCUGCACUCUUCUCAAUUCUCCGCCGUCCGUUUUACCAACGGCGGAGCCACUCGAAGCCGUAGCUUCACCACUCAACGCUUCAACAUAAGGGCAAACCUUCCAUUUCCGAAGGAAAAUGCGAAGUAUCACAAAGAACUCGAAGCAGCCAUUGAUGUGGUUCACAGUGCUUGCCGUUUAUGUGUUCAGGUGAAAUCGUCUUUAUUCUCUACUGAUGGGAAGGUUGUUGAGAAAAUUGAUCAGACUCCAGUGACUGUGGCUGAUUUUGGAGUUCAAGCUCUUAUAAGUUUAGAGUUAAGUAAGUUGUUCCCUUCUAUCCCAUUGGUGGCUGAGGAGGACUCUGCUUUCGUGCGAUCAAGAAAUUUAGCUGGUACCGUGUUUGAUGCAGUAAGUGCUGAAGUUAGCCCCACUUCUAAAACAUUGACGCAAGACGAUGUACUCAAGGCAAUUGAUAGAGGGGGCAAGGAUGCGUUUGUAUUUGGACCAAAGCCAGCCACAUAUUGGUUGCUCGAUCCAAUUGAUGGAACUCGUGGAUUUCUGAAAGAUAACUCUGCGUUAUAUGUGGUCGGUUUGUGUCUUGUGGUUGAAGGAGAGACUGAAAUUGGUAUUAUGGGCUGCCCUAACUGGCAAGAAGGUGUAUCUGGAAAAGCCCCUGCUGAGGUGGAGGAGGAUAGCGAAGCUCUUCCUCGAUCAGGAAUGAUGAUGAUUGCUCAUAAAGGCCAUGGAACGUGGACAAAAACGUUGAAUAGCAAGCCCGAAUCAUCUGCUGUAUGGACCAGAUGUUUUGUUGAUGGGUUUAACAUGUUACCUAAAGCACGCUUUUGUCUUAUAGAUAGUCAAACAUGGGAUUUUCUGCCAUUGUCUGCUACCCUUGAUGCAACAAGCAAUGCAAAUGAUGUAGGUAGCAACCAAGUUCUUCUCUUGGUCGUAUGUUGUGGAAGUUUAAUCAAGCAUUUCAUGGUGGCGUCUGGUAGAGCAUCCGUUUUCAUUCAACGUAAAAAAGAGAAGACUAUCAUGGCUUGGGACCACGCCGUUGGCAUGCUCUGCGUUCAUGAGGCAGGUGGAAAGGUAACUGACUGGGAAGGCACUGAAAUGGAUCUUGCAGCAGAUGAAACAAGCCGGCGGAGCAUAUUCCCCAAAGGCGGCAUCCUUGCUACCAACGGCAAUUUACAUGAUCAGAUUGUACAGCUUAUCUCUGAUCAGACUGCAGUAGUUUGA